CAUCCUUUUCGCAGGGAUGGGCGGGAGAGGGGAGACAGAGCAAUUCCAGCUCAGUAUCCUUCCUCAUGAGGUAGGCAGUGCUUGACUAGCAGCAGCCCCAAUGCCUUUUUUUUUCUCCCACUGAGCAAUAUUGGUGAUACUGUGCGUUGCUGCUCUGCAACAAUGUCUAACCUGUGUGAGUGGCGAGCGAGAUCAGACCAGAGUUGAGAGAGAGAGAAAGAGAGAGAGAGAGAGAGAGGGAAAAAAGGACAUCAGUGCCUGCUUUUUUGUCAUCUGGAUGGGAAGUCUUUUUUGGGAGGAGAGACAGAAGAAAGCAGAAGGCAGCCGGGGAAGGGGAACAACUGGCAACAGCCAAUCCCCCCUUCCACACAUAGACUGGAGACAACGGAGGCCACUGGAGUAUUUGCUUUUAUCUUUCGUUUUUUGUUCUUUUUUUUCCUCAUCGCGCUGCUGGGAGGUGCUUUACCUUUUCAUUUGCUUGCUCUCUCGGUCCUCUGUCUUCUCAUCUAUUUCGCCAUUUACCUGGUCAACAAUUUCUUCUAUUUAUGAGCCAGACAAGGAGGGAGAGAGAGACAGAGAAAACCAGAAAGAGGAGGGGGAUUUUUUUGCCCCUUUUUUCCUCUUUCCCCCCCUUUUCAUUCAUUCUUCCUUCCCUCUCCAUCGCUAUCACUUCCAGCCCUUUCUAUCCCUGUGCAGCCCACACUCCCUCCUCCCUUUCGCUGCCUCCCCCCUCCUCCUCCUCCUCCUCCUCCUCUUCCUCCUCCUCCCCUCCUCCAGUCACUGUCCACCCCUAACUUUGGCUAGUUUUUUUUUUUCUUUUUGACUCCACCACUGUUUUAAUUUUCUCACCUUAAGCAGCUCUAAUAGAGGCAUUUUAAGUGGCUUGCUUGUAUUUUCUAUUCACGCCUUUUUUUCACUUUUGUACCUUUUCCUAUUUUCCCCCCUUCUCUUUUUUCCUCCAACCAUCCUAUGCAUCUUUUUUGGCCGAUUCUUAAUUCUGACCAUAGACUGGCGGACGUCAGAAAAACAAGCGACUGCAAGCAUCUUUUCGGGGGAACAGAAGUGAAGCUGCUCCUGUGGAGUACAAUUACCUUGAAAUUGCUGCUUUACCCUCCUGACCUGGCGAGGAUUUUUUACCCAAAACCGCUUUCAGCCUCCCCUAGUCUGAGGCUAUGAGAGGGAGAGAGGAGUCCCAGGCCGCACCAUCAUGCUACUUCUGAGAUGCUGGGAUGAGACUUUGGCUGGCAAAACACAAGGUAUUACUCUCCCACUCCCACACCAUGCCUGUCUGCAGACGCCGCGGCCUCUCCCCGCCUCGCGGUCAUGCCGGGGCUCGUUCCUCCGCCCCGUCGGUGGCCAAGGAGCGAGAGCGAGUCCGAAGUCUGCAUCCGCCCUGCCUGUCCCUCCUCCUCCUGCUGCUCUGCCUUCUCCACCUGCCCCCGGCCUGCCACUCGCGGAGAGAGAAGGGUGGAGGUGGAGGCGGUGGUGGCGGCGGCGGUGGUGGUGGCGGCGGCGGCGGGCACUACAUCCCCAUCCCCCAGCCCCCGCCGCACCACAUGGCCCUGCCCAACAUCCUGCGCGGCCUCAGCAUCGCCGUCGUCCUGGUGGGCAACUCCAGCGAAGUGGCGCUGGCCGGGGCCCGCGAGAAGGAGGACUUCCUCCACAUAGCGCCCAACGUGGAGGUGCUGACCAUGAACGAGACCGAUCCUAAGAGCAUCAUCAAGAGCAUCUGCGACCUCAUGACCGAGCACUGGCUGCAGGGCGUGGUGUUCGGAGACGACACGGACCAGGAGGCCAUCGCCCAGAUCCUGGACUUCAUUUCAGCCCAGACUCACAUCCCCAUCCUCGGAGUGCGGGGAGGCUCCUCCAUGAUCAUGGCCGCCAAGGAUGACAACUCCAUGUUCUUUCAGUUCGGCCCCUCCAUCGAGCAGCAGGCUUCAGUCAUCCUCAACAUCAUGGAGGAAUACGACUGGUACAUCUUCUCCAUUGUCACAACGUACUACCCGGGUUACCAGGACUUUGUCACCAAGAUUCGUAACACCAUCGAGAACAGUUUCGUGGGCUGGGAACUGGAGGAAGUUCUGCUGCUGGACAUGUCCGUCGACGACGGCGACUCAAAGAUUCAGAACCAGCUGAAGAAGCUCCAGAGCCCGGUCAUCCUGCUCUACUGCACUAAGGAGGAGGCCAACACCAUCUUCGAGGUGGCCCACUCCGUCGGCAUCACCGGCUACGGCUACACCUGGAUCGUUCCCUCCCUGGUAGCCGGAGACACCGACGUGGUGCCUGCAGAGUUCCCCACAGGCCUCCUCUCCGUGUCCUACGACGAGUGGGACUAUGGCCUGGAGGCUCGCGUCCGGGACGGCGUGGCCAUCAUCACCAUGGCCACGUCCACCAUGAUGAUGGACCGAGGGCCGCACACCCUGCUCAAGUCCGAGUGCCACGGAGCCCCUGACAAGAAGACCCCCAUCUCAGGCAACCCCAACGAAGUGCUCAGGUACCUGAUGAAUGUGACGUUCGAGGGACGUAAUCUGUCGUUCAGCGAGGACGGAUACCAGAUGCACCCCAAGCUGGUCAUCAUUCUGCUCAACAAAGAGAGACAGUGGGACCGGGUGGGUAAGUGGGAGAACGGCUCCCUGUCCAUGAAGUACCACGUGUGGCCUCGCUACGAACUGUAUGGGGGGGCGGCGACCAGGGAGGACGACCACCUGUCCAUCGUGACGCUGGAGGAGGCUCCGUUCGUCAUCGUGGAAGACGUGGAUCCGCUCAGUGGGACGUGCAUGAGGAACACGGUGCCCUGCCGGAAGCAGAUCAAAACAAUGAACCAGACGAAGGAGGCGGGGAUCUACAUCAAGCGCUGCUGUAAGGGUUUCUGCAUCGACAUCCUGAAGAAAAUCGCCAAGUCAGUGAAAUUCACCUACGACCUUUACCUGGUCACUAAUGGGAAACAUGGGAAGAAGAUCAAUGGGACCUGGAACGGCAUGGUGGGAGAGGUGGUGCUGAAGAACGCCCACAUGGCUGUCGGCUCCCUGACCAUCAACGAGGAGAGGUCGGAGGUCAUCGACUUCUCCGUCCCCUUCAUCGAGACGGGCAUCAGCGUCAUGGUCUCCCGCAGCAACGGCACCGUUUCGCCCUCGGCCUUCCUAGAGCCCUUCAGCGCAGAUGUGUGGGUGAUGAUGUUCGUGAUGCUGCUGCUGGUGUCAGCAGUGGCUGUGUUUAUAUUCGAGUACUUCAGCCCUGUGGGCUACAACCGCUGUCUGGCUGACGGCAGAGAGCCUCACGGUCCGUCCUUCACCAUCGGGAAGGCCAUCUGGCUGCUGUGGGGUCUGGUCUUCAACAACUCCGUGCCGGUGCAGAACCCCAAAGGGACCACCAGUAAGAUCAUGGUGUCGGUGUGGGCCUUCUUCGCUGUCAUCUUCCUGGCCUCCUACACUGCCAACCUGGCCGCCUUCAUGAUCCAGGAGGAGUAUGUGGACCAGGUCUCUGGUCUGUCAGACAAGAAGUUCCAGAGUCCCAACGAUUUUUCUCCCCCGUUCCGGUUCGGCACCGUCCCCAACGGCAGCACGGAGCGGAAUAUCAGGAACAACUAUCCUGAGAUGCAUUCGUACAUGACGAAGUUUCAUCAGAGGAACGUCGACGAAGCUCUGCAGAGCCUCAAGUCGGGCAAACUGGAUGCGUUCAUUUACGACGCCGCCGUGCUGAACUACAUGGCCGGCAGGGACGAGGGCUGCAAGCUGGUGACCAUUGGCAGCGGCUACAUCUUCGCCACCACGGGCUACGGCAUCGCCAUCCAGAAGGAGUCGCUCUGGAAGAGACACGUGGACCUAGCCAUCCUGCAGCUCUUCGGAGACGGUGAGAUGGAGGAGCUGGAGUCGCUGUGGCUGACGGGGAUCUGCCACCACGAGAAGAACGAGGUGAUGUCCAGCCAGCUGGACGUGGACAACAUGGCCGGCGUCUUCUACAUGCUGGGCGCCGCCAUGGCGCUCUCGCUCAUCACCUUCAUCUGCGAGCACUGGUUCUACUGGCAGCUGCGCUUCUGCUUCAUGGGCGUCUGCUCCGGACAGCCCGGCUUCGUCUUCUCCAUCAGCAGGGGCAUUUACAGCUGUAUUCACGGGGUGCAGAUCGAAGAGAAAAGCAGCUCGGCACUCAACUCCCCUUCAGCCACCAUGAACAACACCCAUUCCAACAUCAUGCGCCUCUUACGCACUGCCAAGAACAUGGCCUCCCUGUCGGGGGUGAACGGCUCCCCGCACAGCGCCCUGGACUUCAUCCGCCGCGAAUCUUCUGUCUAUGACAUCUCUGAACAUCGGCGCAGCUUGGCGGGCCACUCAGACUGCAAGCCACCCUAUCUCCCAGAAGACAACAUGUUCAGUGACUACAUCAGCGAGGUGGAGAGGACGUUUGGCAACCUCCACCUGAAAGACAGCAAUUUGUACCAGGACCACUACCUACAUCACCAUGGCUCAACCCUAGGGCUCAGUGGACCUCCCCCCAACAGGCCUCAUAGUUUGGGCAGCGCCAGCUCUCUGGAGGGUGGCAUGUUCGAUUGUGACAGCUUGGGUGGAGGGGUGGCACCCAUUUUUACCACCCAGCCGUGUUCCGCAUUGACCCACAGAAACAUGAGCAAGUUUGACCUGCUGUCCGGACAGACCCCCCCCUCCAGCCAGGGCUUCAAGGGAGGUCUGCCCGACCUGUAUGGGAAGUUCUCCUUCAAGGGAGGAGCCUCCAGUUCCACCUACAUCCCCGGACACGGCUACUGCGGAGGGAGAGGCGACGACGACGGAAAUAUACGCUCUGAUGUUUCUGACAUUUCUACGCACACAGUUACUUACGGAAACCUCGAGGGUAACGCCAAGAAGCGCAAGCAGUACCGCGAUAGCCUGAAAAAGAGGCCGGCCUCUGCCAAGUCCAGACGGGAGCUGGACGAGAUCGAGCUGGGCUACAGGAGGAAACCCUACCACAUCAGCCACCACCAUUACCACGGCCACCGCGCCUCCUCUCCCCCACUUCUGCCCUCCGAGCGUAAGAGAGGUGGCGGAGGGGGCGGAGGCGGGAACAACGAUGGCAACUCUUAUCUUUUCAGAGAAAAGGAGAGCGUUAGGGAUUUUUAUUUGGACCAGUUUCGGCCCAAAGAGGGCGUUCCUCAGUGGGAACACGUGGACUUGACGGAAGGCCCUGGGAGCAGAGACGGCGGGCCCUGCACCUCCUUGGUCCCGGUGGAUGACUUUCUUAAAAGCAAACCCAAAAAGGCCGAUUCAAAAAGUGGGGGAGGAUCUGGGUUGGCAGGCGGAGAGUGGGAGUGCAGGAACUGUCGGGCUCCUGGGGGCAAGCAGAUGUCCAUCCACGGAGGUGGUGGAUACGGUGGUAUGAGCUGUGGCUCCUCAGGUGGUGGAGGAAGCAGCCGCCCGAGCUCUGCGACCUGCAUGCGCUGCGAAGGUUGUAAAAAGACAGGAAACCUCUAUGAUAUCAGCGAGGACAACAACCACCUCUUGGAACAGAUGGGGGGUGGGACAGGUAUGGGAGGAGGCGGCAUGGGCGGAGGCCCUCAAUCUCAGGCCCAGCAGAGGAGGAAAAGCGGAGGAUUUGGCAAACCGCUGAGGCGGCAGCACUCGUACGACACGUUUGUUGACCUUCAGAAAGAAGAGUCGGGCGGAAUGGGAAGUUUGAUUGGAGAUUUGAGCGGCGGUGGGAUGGGCGGUGCCGGUAUGGGAGGUAUGCUGCCCCCUCCCAGGAGUGUGAGUCUGAAAGAGAAAGAGCGCUACAUGGAAGGCACCAGCCCCUUCGCACACAUAUUUGAGCGCCACGGGGGCUCGGAGAGAGAAAGGGAAAGGGACCCGUUGUUUUAUGGAGGUGAAAGCCAGAAAGGACCCGGCUCGCCAUUUGGCCUGUUCAGAGGUGGCGAAGGCCUCCACCGCCGCUCCAUCGGAGAGAGAGACAUGAGAGAGAGGGACCGAUCCCUGAUGGAAGGAGGAGGCGGGGCAGCAUUCUCUUUAUCCAAAUCUCUUUACCCCGACCGGGUAAACCAAAACCCCUUUAUACCCACCUUUGGCGACGACCAGUGUCUGAUGCACGGAGCCAAACAGUAUUACAUGAAAAAGCAGCAGCAGCAGCAGCAGCAGCAGCAGCAGCAACAAGUUGCCAAAAACAGCCGCAGUGACUUCAGGAGCCAGAUGAGUACAACGUCAUAUCUGCCGGCGUCCGCCUCCGCCGGGGUGAUGUCCAACAUGACACCCCGGUUCCCGAAAGAGCUCAGCCUGGGUGGGAUGAACCACCAUGGCUCCAUGCUGGGGGUCGGCCCCCCACGUCCCUUCAACGGAAGCAAUGGCCAUGUGUACGAGAAACUCUCCAGCAUUGAGUCUGAUGUGUGAGAGACAAGAGAAGGGGGGGAGGUGGAGCAGGAAACGGGAGACAAAGGAGAGCAAUAGAGGCGUUUGGUGUUAGGAGAUCAGGGAUGAUACUAAAGACACUGUAGACAAACUUUCGCCCAUAUUGAGACAGAAAGAGGAGAGACAAAGGGGCACUGGAAGGUAGAGACUCAGCUAUGUAAAGUUAGCAGGAGAAUGUGAAAAUUGGUAUUGAUUUUUUGCAGGAAAAUAUGGGUAAAUUAAUCAGGACACUCUGAGGAGGCGUGGGGUGUUAACCCUCUCUCAGAAAUGGCCAAAGCUACUCUACAUUUAUUUCCAAACACAGUCAAUUAACAUCCCCCUUAACCUCACAGAUGCACUCAACUCAAGU